AUGGACGGAAAUAAAGACAACGAAAACAAGUAUCCUCGUAGUCUUGCGCAGCGUACAGCCGAGUCGAGGUCGAGGUAUUUUAGGGCAAUAGUUUUCUUCGUUGAUCUCCUGCUUACCCAACGACGUGGUCCUGGAGUCAAUGGUGGUGGUGAGGAUAGCAACGCCCACUGCUACGAAAACGCGAUUCUGGUGAUUGUUCUCCGGAUCCAAGCAGUUGAGCAUCAGGGUAAGCCGCCUUGGCUGCCCAAUGGCAUGUCUGCCAAGGGGUGCAACACGAGCGAAACCGUGGCAUCCACCUGCAUCCUACAACAUUGGUUGGCCAACGCCAUCGGAACGCGCGUGAAUUACUACGCCACUAUGCCGCAACGCCAACACGGCACCACGCCAUGCGCCACUACGCGCCACUACGCGCCACUUCGCCAUACGCUGUCGCAUGUAUUUGAGCAGUCGAUUGCCCCUAGUGGCACGUCUCAGCUACACCCUCCUCGCCGCCUCCCGCUCGUACAAGUCGCGAUUUUCGAAUCGGAGGCCCAACAGCAAAUAUUACAGGAUUCCUGCAGCGACGCCUGGGCUGUUGAUGGCGAUAUGAACUUCGGCUUUGUGGUAUUUGCAAACAUUGUUGAUCUUCUAGGGUUUCGAAAACUAGGUACUUUUUCAAUCCAACGAAGCCGAUGGGAUAUAAGCGACUAA